AGAUGUUUUCUGCGCGUAUUCUAGAUUUACAGAUUUCAGGGGAGUUGAAGGAUGAAGAAAUAUAAUAGGGACAAGAAUGUAUGUUAAAAUGUCUAGAUGUUCUCAAUUUUAUUUUCAAUAAAUCUCAACCAUUGAUUCAAUCGAAUGGUAUUUUCUUCGUGGUCCACCGGUGAGGAACUUAAUUGAACCCUCACCCUAGAAUCGACCAUUUCUUCAUACUACGAGAUCAAAAGCACAAAUACCUUUCCUUCAUAUCCCACAAAUUUCGCAUGCAUCGUUCCAAUUCGCUAGUCGGCAGUUUUCCAAUCAACCUUCCGUGCAGACAGAUUUUGACUCCAAUUUUCAAAUAAUCACAACUCAAUCGCAAGGCUUGCUCAGAUUCUUACGGACUUACUUGAAUAAUGUCGAAAUCAGUGGAUGAAGUAAUGAUUCCACCCGAUAAGAGAGUAAGGCGUGAUAAUGAAGAGAAUCAAGACAGGCUGACUGACUUACCUGAUUGUGUUAUCCUUCACAUUUUGUCGUUUUUGAAAUCAAAGUUUGUUGUGCAAACUUCCAUUUUGUCUACAAGAUGGAAACAUCUUUGGAAACGCAUUCCAACUCUUAUGUUGCAUUCCUCAGACUUUUCCACUAAGAAGCUUUUUUCCGUAUUUGUAUCUCAGAUUUUGGCUAAUCGUGAUAGAUCGACUGCACUGCACUCUCUCGAUCUUGAGCGCCAUGGCAAGAUUGAGACUUACCUCCUCAAAAUGAUUUUAAAAUAUAUUUGUUCCCAUAACACCCACAUCCAACAAUUAGGAAUCCAUGUCACUGCUGACGGUUGUCCCAUUCUGAGCUGCGUUUCUAAAUGUCGUACUCUUACAUCUCUUAAGCUUAUAGUUGACCAUAGACGUAGUGGUAAUCAAACAGAAACAUUAUUUCCAAAAUCUUUGAAUUUGCCUUUAUUGACCAACUUAGAUCUAUCACAUUUUUCCUUUUGCGGUGGUGAAAACGGUUGUGCUGAGCCCUUUUCCGCCUUUCCCAAGUUGAAUAGUUUGGUUAUUUCUGGUUGUAAGGUAAAAGAUGCUCAAAUUCUCAGCAUAUCAAGUGAGACACUUGUCAAUUUUGCGAUGCAUUAUUGUUCUUCAAGAAUUGCCAAAAUCGAGUUAUCUGUUCCUAGUCUUUGUACCUUUACUUUUUCCGGUAUGCUUGUUCAGAAAAUAUGUGGGAGCAGUCUUUUUUCUGUUAAAAAAAUAAAUAUCAAUCCAUUUGUUUCUUUGGCUCCGGAGGAUUAUGCUUUGGCUUUGGAGGAUUAUUCUUUGGUUCUAUUAAGCUGGCUGCAAGACCUUGCCAAUGUAGAAUCAUUGGCAGUCACUUCAACUACUCUUCAGAUUCUCUCCUUUGUUCCUGAUUUAUUGGAGGUUAAGUUCACUUCUUUGUGUAACUUGAAGUCAUUGGAAGUACAACUGGUACCAGUUUAUUAUCGAUUAUUUAUUGAUUUGAUGGAAGAGAACAUGUUAAACAAGGCAGCUACCAAGUCACCUGAAGAAGCUGCUAAGUUAAACAAGGCAUUUAAUGCUGGUUUGCAACCACCUCCCAUACCUGAUGGAAUAGUUGACUUCCUGCGACAAAACUCGCCUUCAACGACAGUUAACAUCAACACAACGUACAUGAGAAAUUUUAAUAUCAAGCAGGUUGAAGAAUCCAUAAAGGGAGCGAAGAUGACCAGCUACCAUUCACAAUUUUCUGCGUCUGCCCCUUCCUCUGUCGCACCUGCUUCUGCUGAGUCUGCUCCAGCUCCUGCCACCGCGCCUUCUUCUUCCGCACCUCCCAAUCUUCAUCCUUGUUUCUCUGAAAAGGUUGAAGAAUCCGUAAAGGGCGUGAAGAACACCAGCUGCCAUUCGCAAUUUGCCACACCUGCCACUUCCUCUUCCGCACCUGUUUCUACUGCUCCUGCUUCUGCUGCACCUCUAAAUCUUCAUCUCUGUUGUGCUGUAACGGUUGAAGAAUCCAUACAGGGUGUGAAGAACACCAGGUACCGUUUGCAAUUUGACGCGCCUGCCUCCUCUUCUGCCGCACCACUUAAUCUUCAUCUUUGUUGCACUGAAAAGAUGACAACUAAUGUUGACAACUGUGAUUCAACACUUUGGCCUGAGUUGGUAACUAAAGCUUUCAUCGAAAUUAUGGUUGAUGAAGUUACAAAAGAAAAUAUGCAAAAUGGUGUGUUUCAUACUGGAACCUGGACCUCGAUGACUGCUAAGUUGAAUUCCACAACUAAUUGCUCCUAUAGUGAGGAACAACUAAAGGCUAAAAUGCAUAGUCUAAGAUCCAUGUUUCACGAGUUCUAUUCACUUUUGCAAAACACAGAAUUUGGGUGGAAUGCAGAAACCAACAUUGUUACUGCAAGUGAAGAGGUCUGGCAAAAUUAUCUUAAGACACAUGAUAAAGCAUCUCAGUUUCAAAAUAAAGGGUGCGACCAUUAUAAGUUGUUGGAAAUCAUAUUCAACAAAAAUAAUGAAACUGAAGUACUUCAUCAUUCAUUUACCCAAGACCAACCAAAUACCGAUAAAGAAAAUGAGCUCAAUAAUCAAUACUUUAACACCAGGAGUGCAAAUAUUGUAUGUGUUGAUGAUGAUAGUUCAAACAAUGAUAUUCAAGAAGUGGGGCGCAUCACAUGCAAUGAGAAGCAAAAGAUUGAAGUAAAAGAGCAUAUAUUCAGGAAAGAGUCUACAACACAUCAAAUAGGAGAAGCACUUGUAGAACGGGGUAAGAUUGUGGAGGCUAGUUCUUCACAUGUAACAAAAGAUUGCUCUCUUACUAAGUGUGUGGUUGCUCUUGAAGAGAUUGAAGACAUUUCAGAUGACAUCUAUGGGAAAGCCUUGGAAAAAUUUAAGGAUCCUGAUUGGAGGGAAAUGUUUAUCGCUAUGUCUAAAGAUAGGAAAUGUGGAUGGCUAUAUAGACUUUAAGGAUAAAAUUUUACUUGUAUAUGUGGCGAUAGUGAUGAGACACAGUAUUUGUUUAUGGUAUGUAUGGUCAUAUUAUUCUUUAAGGUACUUGGUGAACAAUUCUGAUGUUGUUUUUCCGCUUUGUUUUGGAUUUUAUAGUUAUGUUAUUAAACCUUUUAUUUCACAUUCAUUGAAUAUCUUGUUCUUAAA